GUGGCCAUGGCGACGGGGCCGGGCUGGGCGGAGGGCAUCCGCGGCUUGCUCCAGAAAUUCACCUCCUUCCGCCGGCCAGGUGGGUGUCUGCCGCUGCUGGUCGGAGAGGAGCCGGUGGGGCUGGUGCCGCCGGCCGUGGCGCGGGAGCUGAGCGGCUUCCCCGAGGUGUUCUCCGUCGGGGCCGAGGGGCCGGGCCCGGCCCAAGUGCGGCUCAACGGGAGCCUCACCUCCUGCCCCCAGCGCUCCGCCGCCGUGGCCCGCGUGCUGGCCCGCCUGCGGGACCGCCGCGCCUUCCCGGGGCUCGCCCUCUGGAGGGAUGAGUUGUACGAAGUGAAGUCCCGCUUCGGAGAUCCGCCGCUGCUGCACGUGGAGCGAGCUGCCACUCCCCUGCUGGGCCUGGUCCAGUACGGGGCCCACCUCAACGGCUACGUGCUGCGGGAUGGCGAGCCGUUCAUGUGGUUGGCGCGGAGAUCCCUGACCAAAACCACGUACCCGGGCCUUUUGGACAACUUGGCUGCCGGGGGCAUCAGCUCAGGCCUGGGUGCGAAACAGACCAUGAUAAAGGAAUGCUGGGAGGAGGCGCGCAUCCCCCCGGAGCUGGCGGCUCAGGCGGUGCCCACCGGCUGUGUCAGCUACGCCUACGAGGACAAGUUGAAAGGGGUGGUGCGCGAGUGCCUGUUCGUCUUUGACCUGGAGGUGCCAGCGGACUUUGUGCCCACGGUGGGCGACGGGGAAGUGCAGGAGUUCUACCUCUGGCCGAUCGACAAGGUCCGAGAGGCCGUGAGCGGCACCGACUUUAAACCCAACUGUGCCCUGGUGGUGCUGGAUUUCCUUCUCCGCCAUGGGCUCCUGCAGCCUGACCACGAACCCCUGUACCUGGAAUUGGUCUCGGCGAUGCACCAAGUGCCGUAGCUGCAGCGGGGGAAGGUCUCGGCACUCGCCCCGCCUUGGGGACCAAGAAGGGACUGAGGGCUUUUCGGGUUUUAUUACAAAAGAACGUGACAGUGCAUCGCUUCCCAAUAAAGACGCAAACUGAACAG